AUGCCGAAAGUGUAUAUUGUCAUAUACACGUUGUACCAUCAUGUAUACAAGAUGGCUACCGCCGUGAAAGAAGGUCUGGAAGCGAACGGUGUUGAUGUUCAAUUAUUCCAAGUUGAAGAGACUCUCAGCGACGAAGUGCUCACGAAAAUGAACGCUCCUCCCAAGCCCAACAUUCCGGUCAUUAAAAUCGAUCAGUUGACAGAAGCAGAUGGCAUUGUAUUUGGAUUGCCUACACGGUUCGGCAUUUUUCCAGCACAGAUGAAAGCAUUUUUGGACGCUAGUGGUAAACUUUGGGCAACUGGAGCGCUUUCAGGCAAGUUUGUGGCUACGAUAUUCUCCACUGCUAGUCAGCAUGGUGGUCAAGAGACGACAGCGUUAAAUGCCGUAACAUAUUUCGCUCAUCACGGUAUGAUAUACGUUCCCUUUGGGUUUGCCAACCCAGCCAUGUUUGAUACCACUGAGGUCGUCGGUGGAUCAGCAUAUGGUGCAGGCACAAUCACAAAUGGAGAUGGAUCUCGCCAGCCAAGUGAGAAGGAGUUGGCCAUUGCAAAGCAACAGGGAGAAACAUUUGCCAAGUUAAUGACCACUUAUGAAACUGGAAAAACGUAA